AAAGUUGCUCUAUGGCUGAUCAGUGCAAUUGAUCACCACGUUGGUUCGAUUGCGUGCUCUGCAGCCCAGAAAGUCGGGAACACAGAAGUCGUGACGUGACAUUUAGUCGGGUACGCCCCUUUUUCGGGACCAUAAUCACAUUAUUCCACUCGAGUACCCCGCGUUGAAUGGGCCACCGUCUGUUAAAUAAUUCAUACGGGUGCUAUGCUUGGCUGGAGUUGAAUGGAAACGGAUUGGUGACGUUCUACAUUUUUCUGUUUAUACAAGAAUGUCUGCUUGUAUUGGGACUUGCGUUUCUAAGAUGGCGUGAAGUUCGGACUGAAUAAGAUCAUGAUGGAUAAAAAACAAAAGCGUGCUCCGGUGCCCGAGGGUUUCUCCCGACAGGGUGAUGAGGCCAAGGAACAUUUGCUACCAGUCCGGACCCAGAUCGAGAAAUUCGAAGAGAAAGCACGCCUGAACUUCAACAAAAGCCGUCCCGCCCCCCAACCCCCGGGCCGAUCUUUCGUCCUUCCAAAAAUUGGAAACUAUCAGCCCAAAUCACUGCAGGUGUCUAACUUCACGGAUGAAAAUGUGAAUAAAACAGAUUUUCAGAAACUAAAUAACGAAAGUGAUAAUGUUGAGGAACCAAAAAAAUUCAUGAUUAUAGGCGACAAAGACACGCCCAUCACGAUCCACCAAUCAUCUGACAUUACAGACACGCCCCCAGAAAACGAAUUCUUCCCGCGGUUUGGUUCCGAUAACCCAGUGUAUGAACCCGAUGAGUUGUCUCAGAAUACAACUGAAAAAGAUUUAGUGUUAAAUUUCGAGAAAACUAAAAACAAUCCUCUUUUCCAAGAAAAUGAGGAAAACUCCCCUCGUCCACAGAUAACUUCAGAUACAGAGACGGUGGAGAAAUCUCCGCGAGAAGGAGAUGAUAAUAAAGUUGUGUAUAAGAAAAGACCGGCGCCUCCUCCUCCAGUUCUCAGUUCCCCAGAGGAGGAGGAGGAAUAUCCAGCCCCGGACUACGAACCCGACCCGGAUUACGACGACGAGGAAGAACCGGAAGCAAUGGACGUAAAUCCUCCGACUGUGCACUCUCCAGAGCGCCAUCUACCACCAGUAAAACGUGAAAACGAAGGUGAAGACUUUUCCAAAUAUAUGCACGAUAGUGAGGAUGAGGAUUAUUUCUCGGACAACAUUUACACGUGGAGGAACAAGAUAAAGUAUAAAAAGAAACCUGCCCCAGCUCGCCCUGUUUCACAACCGGCUGGAAAGAAAAACGACAAUCGAUCGAAACCCAAGGAGAAACCAAAACAAAAUCAAGUGAAAUCCAAUGGUCAUUCUAGCCUCAGUAACGUACCCACAGAAGAAAAUAUACGCAAAACAAUACGAGAUUUCAGUUUUACCGAUUCUAAAAUUGGGUAUGAUGACAGGACUGUUAAAAGUACUACCGCUAUGGGGCGCUAUAUGAAGCGCGGGAAGGACCGACUUCCGUUACAGCAGGUGAGCAGCGGGUCGUACGAGGACUUUCUUAGAACUCGAUACAACGAGAACGGCAGCAACGGUAGCGGCGACAGCGGCCAUGAAACAGGGGACGAUUUCAAUGUUCAGACGGAUAUAUUUAGACAAAGCCAGCCAAAACAAUUUAAAAGUGGCGGGAAACAAUCCGUGUGGGAAAAAUUGACAUGGCGAUUUAAACGACAUUCUAGAGGCUAUGCUAUGACGUAGGUAUUUUCAGUCACGACUGCGAUUUUUUUUCCCCGCUUGUUUCCUCGAUAAACCGUGAAUACACAAUCUGAAUAUGAACAAAGUAGUAAGUUAUAAAAGUUUUGUUUCUUUAGUAUUGUUAAAGUCAGUCCUAUUGUGUAUUCAGUAUGAUAUAGGUUAUCGCUUCGAACCAACUCUUCUUGCCUAAAACAGUUUCUGAGAACAGAUAGACCUAUACAUGUAUAGGCCUAUGUAGUAUAGAAUGCACUGUGCUGGUGUAGAUAUCUACAGGUUUAUCGAGGUAUUGCUUUUGAUUUUGAUUUUAUCAUAUUAGUAUAUGUAGUUGUGAUAUAGAGUUUACUGGGAGACCGAAUUGUGCCAGGCAGUAGCGCUCACCACGAAUUCUGUGCAGCAUACAAAAAAUGCAUAAAGUUUGCCAUGGAUCAUCGGAAAUCGCAUUAUUCUGUGAUAUAAACAAUGUUGGCUAUUAAAUUCCAAUUGUUGGCAUUUUUAGGAUUGUGGUGAAUUUAUGUGCAAUAAUAUUAACGAAUUAAAUAAGCCGAUGACAAAGAUAUGUGUAUUUUAAACAUUCAUUUUUGCGUCAUCAAUAGCAUCUACAAAUCACGUGAUCUAUUAUUUGAUUUAUUUUAAAUUUGCAUGUGUAUAUACAUAAAUGGCUAGAUAUAAGGUACUCCUAGACCUAGGUUAACAGUCAUGCGCUCCUUAUAUGAGGUAUUUAAAAAAUGAAAUAAGAUAUAAUUUUUAAAAAAUGAAUAUACAUAUACUUGGUGAAAUAGAAUAAGUAUGGGCACUAAACCUCUGCUGGCCGGAGUACCGUAGAAGUCUGCUUUGUAGGUUACCGGUGUAUAUUGCGCACAUAUCACAUGCUCUUCCCGACCACGCUGUGAGACACGUGGCUAAACAGUGAAAGCUACAGCUAUCAAUAAACAGAUUUAAAAUGAAUGCAAUGUACCAUUUUAUUAUUUUUCUAGAGGCCAUUUUCAAACGACUUGAUCCAGUGUUCUUGCAUAUUAAUAUAAAUAUUUUUUUAAAAGUAGGAAAUGCUUAUGUGCAGGGAUAUAGAAUAUAUAUAUAUAUUAUGUACAUAUCGUAUAUGAAUCAUAUCUAUAUACAUGUGUGUAAAUAGAAAUGUACAUGUAUUUUGCAAUAUAUACAUGUGUUUAGAUAUAAAUGUAUAUGUAUUUUGCAAUAUCAUCGUAAGGUAUUUCAUUUUGUAUUUUGACAAACGAGGUUGGGAUAAAAUUCUCCAACCAAAUGUGAAUUUAAGAAAUCUGAUUUAUGAUUUUCAUGUAUUUUUCAAAAAUUGUCUUUUGGAAUUAAAUCUCAAUGACAUGUUAA